AUGGCGGCUCCGUUGGUCGGAAGUCAGUUGUUUUCUCCAUUUCGAGCCCUUGGAUUUGUGGCAAAUCAUGUUCCAUUGACUUUACAGACACAAGGAACAGAAACUCUUGUGACCACUGCUGUUGGUUCAGCCUUUCACGUUUAUAGUUGUGCGAAGUUAAAUCUUCUCUUUGUUGGAUUGCUUAAAUCCGGUGAAAUAUCAUGUUUAUCAUCACACGGAGACUUGGUGAUUACAGCUUCUGGAAAUCAGUUGAUUUCUUGGAAAAGAGGAAAACAGGUUGCUGUGUUGGAGGGACACAAGAGAGACAUUCACUUCAUCUUCUCAUUUGGUUCAAAUCUAAUAUCUGUUGAUGAAGACAGCACAGUCAGAAUAUGGAUUAUUGAAACAACAGAAUUGUACCUUGAGAUGGAAUUUAAUGCUGAAAACUUCUACAUCACCUGUUUGAUGCAUCCCAGCACAUACCUUAAUAAGAUCUUACUGUGCAGUAAGCAAGGCCAGAUGCAACUGUGGAAUAUAAAAACAAACAAACUUAUUUAUACAUUUUCUGGAUGGUCAGAGCCUAUAACUGCUGUGGAACAAGCUCCUGCAGUUGAUGUGGUUGGCAUUGGCCUGCAGAGUGGAAAAAUUAUCCUCCAUAAUCUCAAAUUUGAUGAAACAGUUAUGAGUUUUCAUCAGGAGUGGGGUCCAGUUAUAGGUUUGACUUUCAGAACAGAUGGAAACCCUGUUAUGGCAUCUGCCAGUACAGAGGGCCACAUUGCAUUGUGGGAUUUGGAAAAACGUCAACUUAGCAGCACGUUACGUGAUGCCCAUAAAGGAUCUGUCUGUGGUAUGAAAUUCCUUUCCUCACAACCUCUCUUGGCUACAAAUGGUCCUGAUAACUCUUUAAAGAUAUGGAUAUUUGAUCAGCCAGAUGGGAGUGGAAGACUCUUGAGGUCUCGUUCAAGUCACAGUGCUCCUCCAACUAAGAUUCGCUUCUACGGAAAUAAUGGAUUUAACAUCCUCAGUGCAGGGCUGGAUAGAAGCUUGAGGUUUAUUUCUGUUAUCAAAGAUGAACGAAGCUGUGAAUUUUCACAAGGUUCAUUAACAAAGAAGUCCAAGAAUCGUGGAGUGCAUAUAGAAGAGUUGAAAUUAGCACCUAUUGUGGACUUCGCCUCUGAGGUUGUGCGCGAGAGUGCAUGGGACAACAUUGUCACUUGUCAUCAGGGAAAAAAAGAAGCCAGAACAUGGAGCUUUCAGAGGAAGUGCAUUGGUAAACAUAACCUGAAAUCUCGUGCUGGGGAAAAUGCAGGACCUGUUACGACCACAGCUAUGAGCUCUUGUGGGAAUUUUGCCAUCGUAGGAGACGCCCAUGGUAAUGUGGAUAUGUUUAACAUUCAGUCCGGAAUUCACAGGGGAUCCCUUGGGGAACCAAAAGCGCACAAUGGUCAAGUGAGGGGCGUGGCUAUUGACAACAUCAAUCAACAAGUGAUGACUGCAGGAGCAGAUUGUAAGUUAAAGUUUUGGAAUUUUAAAGCUCGGAAUCUUCUUCAGAAAAUGUCGUUUGAGCCACCUAUCACACAGAUUUUAUUACAUCGAGACAGUUCUUUGCUGGCCGUCUCUUUUGAAGAUUUCGAAAUCCACGUUGUUGAUGUCGAUAUGAAGAGAGUUGUGAGAAUAUUUCAAGGUCAUACAAACAGAAUUACUGAUAUGUCCUUUAGCCCAGACUCCCGUUGGUUGAUAACGUCGUCAAUGGACUCGAGUGUGAGAACCUGGAGUCUACCGGCUGCAAGGCUAAUAGACUGCUUUCUGGUGGAGUCACCUGUCACUAGUUUAGCCAUGUCACCCAUAGCAGACUUCCUUGUGACUACACACGUGGAUGACUUAGGAGUGUAUUUAUGGUCAAAUAAAACUUUGUACGAUGAAGUAUCAUUGAUUCCUCUUCCUGCCGAUUAUCAGCCGACUUUGGAACAACUGCCUGUUACAGGAACAGAUGCUGACAAAGAAUUUGGUGACGUAAAGGAGACCACAACUGAAGGAGAUAAUAAAUCUAGUGCUGCCGACAACACAGCCAGUUAUAAGAGCCCUGAUCAGCUCUCUGAUGAACUUGUAACUCUGUCUCUUCUACCAAAGUCAAGAUGGCGACAUCUCACCAGCCUGGAGCUAAUAAAGAAAAGGAACAAACCACAGGAGCCACCUAAGGCGCCCAAAGCUGCUCCCUUCUUUUUGCCCACCACACAGGAACUGGUGCCUAAAUUCCUUCAAACUGAAGAAGAUCAAACUGAUGAAAAAGAUGCCAAGUCUAAAAUUCUAGACAUGAAACAGCUUGAACAAGCUUCAGAAUUUCAAAAGCUUUUGAAGGAGGGUUCGAGCUCCGGAAAUUAUGAACUUUUCCUGGGGCACCUCAAGUCCAUGGGACCCUCCUCGAUCGAUGCAGAAAUUCGAUCUCUUGGUCCGUCGGCUGGUGGAGACGUCAAACUUGUUGAAGCUUUCAUGUUGUUCUUGGAGUACCAGCUACAGUCGCGGCGGGACUUUGAGUUCACUGAAGGUGUCAUGGGCCUUUUUCUCAAGCUCCAUGGCCCACUGAUUGCCGAGCAACCUGAGCUGGGAGAGGUAGCCGCUCGUUUGCUUGAAGAGCAUAAAGCAGCAUGGUCAACUAUCCGGGACUUAAUGAACCAGUGUUCUUGCCUGGUUAGUUACUUAAAAAGUGCCGUUAUAUGACGGACAAAGUGCAACAUCCAACAGCCGCUGACCGCAAUGACAGUGUGCCCGUGUGGAAGAAGUGAGGAUAUUUGCAUUCCCGCACAGCAUCAUUUUUGAACUACCACGCUAUUUCAUCUUCGUCGAACAAGUAUUGCAGAUGGUGCAAUUACCACCGAAAGACAUUUAGCAGAGAUUUCAAAUAUAAUUUUGAUGAACGAUUACACGUUUACACCUUAGGUUGCACAGGCUUCUUAGGCUGUAAAUUCCCUGUACGAUUUGUGAAAAAAUC